AUGAAGAUUAUUUCCCCGAUUCUAACUCAUCCAGUCUUCAGAGGCACCGCUCGGCUCCUGCUUUGCUUAAUGUGGAUUGGAUAUUCUCAAGGCACCACACAUGUGUUGAGAUUCGGGGGUAUUUUUGAAUGUGUGGAAUCUGGUCCAACUGGAGCAAUGGGAGCAGAAGAAUUGGCCUUCCGAUUUGCUGUGAACACAAUCAACCGAAACAGAACUCUGCUGCCAAAUACUACACUAACAUAUGACACUCAGAAAAUUAAUCUCUACGAUAGUUUUGAAGCAUCUAAAAAAGCUUGUGACCAGCUCUCAUUGGGAGUAGCAGCUAUCUUUGGCCCUUCCCAUAGCUCUUCAGCAAACGCAGUGCAAUCCAUCUGCAAUGCACUGGGGGUUCCACAUAUACAGACCCGCUGGAAGCAUCAGGUUUCAGACAACAAAGACUCAUUUUAUGUCAGCCUUUAUCCAGAUUUUUCUUCACUCAGUCGUGCCAUCCUUGACCUUGUGCAAUUCUUCAAGUGGAAAACUGUCACAGUGGUUUAUGAUGACAGCACAGGUCUCAUUCGAUUGCAAGAACUUAUUAAGGCUCCAUCAAGGUACAAUUUGCGGCUAAAAAUUCGCCAAUUACCCUCUGACACCAAGGAUGCCAAGCCCUUGCUCAAGGAGAUGAAAAGAGGCAAAGAAUUCCAUGUCAUCUUUGACUGCAGUCAUGAGAUGGCAGCAGGUAUUUUAAAACAGGGUUUAGCAAUGGGAAUGAUGACAGAAUACUACCAUUACAUUUUUACUACACUGGAUCUUUUUGCUCUUGAUGUGGAGCCUUAUCGGUAUAGUGGAGUAAAUAUGACUGGUUUCAGGAUUCUAAAUACAGAAAAUACCCAGGUGGUGUCCAUAAUUGAAAAGUGGUCUAUGGAACGGUUGCAAGCUCCUCCAAAACCCGAUUCAGGUUUGCUGGAUGGAUUUAUGACGACAGAUGCAGCUUUAAUGUAUGAUGCUGUUCAUGUGGUGUCAGUUGCUGUCCAGCAGUUUCCACAGAUGACUGUCAGUUCAUUACAGUGUAAUCGCCACAAACCAUGGAGGUUUGGGACCCGUUUUAUGAAUCUAAUUAAAGAGGCUCACUGGGAAGGUCUCACUGGCAGGAUAACUUUCAACAAAACCAAUGGUUUAAGGACAGAUUUUGACUUAGAUGUCAUUAGCCUUAAGGAAGAAGGUCUUGAAAAGAUUGGAACCUGGGAUCCUGCAAGUGGCCUUAAUAUGACUGAGAAUCAAAAAGGAAAACCAGCAAACAUAACUGACUCCCUUUCUAAUCGUUCCUUAACUGUAACCACUAUUUUGGAAGAGCCAUAUGUGAUGUUCAAGAAAUCUGAUAAACCUUUAUAUGGGAAUGAUAGAUUUGAGGGAUAUUGUAUCGAUCUUCUUAGGGAACUAUCAACUUUUCUUGGAUUUACCUAUGAAAUUAGAUUGGUGGAAGAUGGAAAAUAUGGAGCCCGGGAUGAUGGUAGUGGACAAUGGAAUGGCAUGGUUCGAGAAUUAAUUGAUCAUAAAGCUGACCUUGCAGUUGCACCCCUGGCUAUUACGUAUGUUCGAGAGACGGUCAUCGACUUUUCCAAGCCCUUUAUGACUCUCGGAAUAAGUAUUUUGUACCACAAGCCCAAUGGUACAAACCCGGGUGUCUUCUCCUUCCUGAAUCCUCUCUCCCCUGAUAUCUGGAUGUAUAUUCUGCUGGCUUACUUGGGUGUCAGUUGUGUGCUCUUUGUCAUAGCCAGGUUUAGUCCCUAUGAGUGGUAUAACCCACACCCUUGCAAUCCUGACUCAGACGUGGUGGAAAACAAUUUUACCUUGCUAAAUAGUUUCUGGUUUGGAGUUGGAGCUCUCAUGCAGCAAGGUUCCGAGCUCAUGCCCAAAGCCCUCUCCACUAGGAUAGUGGGAGGCAUUUGGUGGUUUUUCACACUUAUCAUCAUUUCCUCGUACACUGCUAAUCUAGCCGCCUUUCUGACAGUGGAACGGAUGGAAUCCCCCAUUGACUCAGCAGAUGACUUAGCAAAGCAAACAAAAAUAGAAUAUGGAACCAUUGAAGAUGGAGCAACCAUGACCUUUUUUAAGAAAUCAAAAAUUGCCACGUAUGAAAAAAUGUGGGCCUUUAUGAAUAGCAGAAGGCAGUCAGUGCUUGUCAAAAGCAAUGAGGAAGGUAUCCAACGUGUACUCACUUCUGAUUAUGCUUUCCUAAUGGAGUCAACUACCAUUGAGUUUGUUACACAGCGGAACUGUAACCUGACACAAAUUGGAGGCCUGAUAGAUUCCAAAGGUUACGGGGUUGGAACUCCCAUGGGGUCUCCCUACAGGGACAAGAUAACUAUAGCCAUUCUUCACUUGCAAGAGGAAGGCAAGCUACACAUGAUGAAGGAGAAAUGGUGGAGAGGAAACGGUUGUCCAGAAGAGGAAAACAAAGAUGCCAGUGCCCUUGGAGUACAAAACAUUGGUGGCAUCUUCAUUGUUUUGGCAGCAGGAUUGGUACUUUCCGUCUUUGUUGCAGUGGGGGAGUUUUUGUACAAAUCCAAAAAAAAUGCUCAGUUGGAGAAGUGGCCUCAUAUACAUAUUGAAAGGAAGGAUGACAGAAUGAAACCUUGUGGAAUUCCGCAUGAAAGAGAGCCCACGAGGCAGCUCAGCAAUUGCCCAAUAUCAUCCUCUGAGAUCUCUCUGAGAGGGAAGAAUGGAACCACACAAGUGCAAUCCCAUCAACCCCAACCUAGAUCCACAGGUCCUUUUGUAGUGCCAUGGUAG